CUAAAAUAAAGACCCAUCAGCUCUCUCUCCUCCCAUUAAAUUCUACCUUUUUUUUUUCCCCUUGCUGCAACAGAGCACGGGAGGCAGCCGCAGCAGCAGCUCAGCUCUGAGACUUGUCAAGACUCAGCACACACACACAUACACACACACGCACACAGAGGCCAGAGGAAAAACGUCUGCUCUCACCUGUCUCCAAAGCCAAAGCAAACCUCACAUCCAACCAAACUGCCAACGUUUUGCAAGAAAAGGCACCCAAGCCAGAAUUUAAUGUACGGGGAAGAUACUCAAUUUUACAGUACCAACUUUUCUCUAUAAACAAAAAGACGUAAGGAAGAAAAGGAGCAUUUUAAAAAGGAAACAUCAAGGAAGAAGAGUUUAUUUUUGGAUUUCGUACAAAACUUUGGAAAAUUUUUUUAAAUUAUUUCGUGCAUUUUUCCCCCCCUAAGGACACUGAGUCGCUGCUACCUGUUUGCAAAAAGAUUUCUUUAUAUACAUUGAAAAGAAGACUAUCCAGAGGAAAAAUAGCAUGCGGACCGCCUAAUAAAGGAAACACUAAAACACUUGUCGCGGCAAGAGGCAAACGGACUCUGGAUGCGCAGCGUUUCGACGGACUGCGUUUCUUCUCUUCCUCCGUACUCCAGCGUUCCCGGCGGCUUAUGAGAUAGCAGAGAGACGGACAAGCCACCCAGAAUUACUUCUGUUCCCCUCACCCCCUUCCCCAAGAGCAGCUCUGCCCUCGGCAACCCCGCAGGAGAGCGCCCGACUCGGAGGGGCGUAGGGGCGAGCGCGGAGCCCUGGGUGCCUGAGGCCGGGCUGCCGCGGGGCUCUCAGAGGAAAGCGCUUCCCUGCCCGGCGGCUCUCCUUCAAUGUGCCUGCAACCGGCGGCGCUCCAAGUCGGGAUGCAUUUCGGCGUGGUCUUCGCGUUCAUCCUCUACCUGCCCCUGGCCCNNNGGCAGGGGGACCCCAUACCUGAAGACAUUUAUGAGAUUUUGGGAGGCAGCUCAGUGCGCUCCAUCAGCGACCUCCAGCGUGCCCUGCGGAUAGACUCCGUAGAGGAGGAUAGCUCAAGCGUGGACCUGAAUGCAACUCAGCCUGGUCAAAACCCUGUGGCCCUGUCUCGAGGGAGACGAAGCCUAGAUGCUCUGGCAGCAGCAGAGCCAGCUGUCCUCGCAGAGUGCAAGACACGGGCGGUGGUCUUUGAAAUCUCCCGCAACAUGGUGGACAGCACCAAUGCCAACUUUGUGGUGUGGCCACCCUGCGUGGAGGUGCAGCGGUGCUCCGGGUGUUGCAACAACCGCAACGUGCAGUGUCGCCCCACGCAGAUCCGUGUCCGGCAUGUCCAGGUGAAUAAGAUCGAAUUUGUCCAGAGGAAGCCAAUAUUUAAGAAAGUCGUCGUGCCUUUGGAGGACCACGUGCAGUGUCGGUGUGAAGCGGUGUCUCGUCAGCCUCCCAGAAACAGCCGGCCAGGGCAACGUGAACAGAGACGCUUGUCAUCAUCGUUCACCACAGCUGCUGUCUCACAGAGGCAACGAGUACGCCGGCCGCCAGCACAGAAGAGGAAACAUAAGAAGUACAAGCAUGUCAACGAUAAGAAAGUGCUGAAAGAAAUCCUCCUAGCAUAGAAGUGCUGGCAGGGGAGAGAGAACACAAGGCAGGUUUAUUUAAUAUAUUUGCUAUAUUGCCCCCAUGGGGUCCUUGAAGUGAUAACUUUUCCUCUUUGUCUGUCUGCCUCGACGUAUGAUUCAGACGGCAAAUGGUGCUUCCCUUUCCAUCAGUGGACCUUCUCCCACCAAAGUCUCUCCCUUCUUUCAUUUAUUAACAUCAUUUUAAAGUUUUACAAAAAAAAAAAAAAGACAAACACAACUUAUAUAUAUAAGAAAAGAACAAAAUACAAAUACAACCAUGAACCCCAUCAACCACAACACGCGGUGAGGACAGGACAAUGCCUUCCCUACUCCAGAGGACAGGAUGGAAAAUGUGAAAAGGAAAGUGGGUCCAAUUUCUUCUGAGAGGAGGAGAAAAAUGGACAGAGGGAGGAGGGGAAUAUUCUUCCUUUUCCUUGUGUUUCUGGUAAGGCUGGGGGGCUCGGCUGAGACCAACACUUGCACUGGACCUACUUUUUCAAAACAGGCAUAUCUCAGAUUGCAAGCGGCAACCCAUGAUGGAAAAUGCACUAAGGACUUUUAUCACCCUACCUGGACAGAUCUAUAUUUUUAAUGUGCGUGUGUAUAUUUUAUUUUAAAAAGAAAAACCAAAACCACUAGAAUAUACAACAUCUCGGGGAACAGAAAAAAAAAAAAAA